UACCAGGUGCCAUCUACCUGUGCACCUUUUGAACUCCGAAAAUCUGCGUUUAAUUAAACGUUGCGUUUGGGCCGCAGUAAGUAAACGCAAGGUGCACGCCCAAAACGAGCAAUGUAUAAUGCAUUGAGGAAAGGUUGCGAGUAUCUUACCACCUACUCCCACCAUCGCCCCAGUAAAGCUAGGAGUGGUAGGAGAGGGUGCACUUCUGCCGACUGUUUCCAUUCUGUCAACAGUGAAAAACAGCAUGCAGCCUGCAAGAGGUAACAACUAAUUGUAAAAAAAUAUUACCCCCAGCCACAUAACAGUUUUGUCAUAUUUGCUGCUUUAGAAUGCAUAUGGAAAAACCACAAAUGACACCGUUUACUAACGUGACAAGAACGGUCCAGAAUUAUAUUAAUAUUUAUAAUGGAAUUGCAAUGCUCCUUGUACAUGAAGGCCAAGACUAGUAAUAAACAGAAAAUCUUAGCCAUCCAAAAAUCAGUCCCCUAAGCAAGAACAGACUGCUUUGUCAAGGCGUAUAGUUUCGAAAGACCUCUCCGAAUGAGACAUACACAGACAUAGUGCUGUCUGGGAGAAUAUUGCUCCAAAUUCAACCUUAUGAGGAAAGAAAUGUCAAGCAGGUGUCCGAUAUUUGGGGAUGUCCCAAAACCAGUUGCUCCUGAAAAAAUCAAGUUGCAUAACCCAGAACACGAAAGGUCGCCUGCUGCCACCUCCCAUCUUUGCAGGCGUCUUGUCUCUUUUCCUCAUCUUUUGUUCCAUCCCCAAGCAGUCCCUGUAGAUGGAUCAGCUCUGAAGGGGUUAAAGAACUCGGGCGCGUGUUUGUGUGUUUCAUGUGUGCAGUCGGGUGCUGCUGCUGCAGGGGCAGGCAUUUCUCUUAUAAUAAUCUGCUAGCAAAAGCAUUUUCCUGGACACGGGCGACUGGUUUACAUAUUUACUUUCAACUGCAGGUUUUUCCCCGUAUACUGAUUUAAGAAUUCACCUUUGCAUCGAGUUGCAACUGCGUCUUGCAGAAUUUGCUGUUUUUCCCAUCGUCUGUCUACCAAAAAGCUUCUUCCGGGUCAGGAAUAAAGAAAAGCGAGCUAUAAUCAGACAGCAUUAGCAGGUCUGCAGCAUGGGGGUGUACACUGAAGGAGCACCGUGAAAAGCAAAAACAAAUGUCGAGAGGACGAUCCGAAUGACUGCAUCGGACAUAUCUGUUGGAUACAGUAACAUCUGGACAGAAACGGGGAAAAGCAUGGAACCAGACAUAACAGUAUAAAAGCUACAGCAAUGGAACAGAAGGCUGGGCUUCAGCAGGGGCUGGUAGCGACCUCAGCUUCCCGAUCCAGAGAUGGCAGCUCAUUCAGGGGCAUGGGCAGCCCCUCCGCCGUUGGCGGGGGCAGGAGAGACCCCGGCUUGCCCCCUAGUGGAGGGGCAGAAGUGCUCAUCAGGGAUGCUCAAGGCUAUCAUCACCACCAUCCUCAUCCUGCAUCUACUGAACCAGACGAGUUGAUCCACCGAGCCCUUGAGUUCAAGAGUCAGGGAGCCCAGUGCUACAAGGACAAGAAGUUCCGAGAGGCCAUUGGCAAGUACCACCGAGCACUGCUGGAGCUGAAGGGUCUACCGGGGUACGGGGAACACGAUUCUGGUGCAGCCACUUCAUCCUCUUUGUCUGCAAAAGUUAAAAUGACCCAAGAACAGGAGAAGGUGGUGGAAAAUGUGGAGAUCGAAUGUUAUAAUGGUCUGACAGCUUGCUUGCUUCAGGCAGAACUAGUAAAUUAUGAGCGUGUGAAGGACUACUGCCUGAAAGUCUUGAAGAAAGAUGGAGAGAACUUCAAAGCCCUCUAUCGCUCUGGAGUCGCCUACUACCACUUGGGAGAUUACGAUAAAGCAUUAUACUACUUGAAGGAGGCAAAAUUCCGGCAGUCCACAGAUACAAAUGUGGUCCGAUACAUCCAGCUUGCAGAGAUGAAGCUCAGUCGCUGCUCACAGAAAGAAAAAGAGGCCUUGUGAAAGAGACUGUUGCCAUAGAAACAUACAUGUGAUACCUGCAUUUCUGGAUGCCGACUGGUGGAUUUUUGCUUUCAACCCAUUUACCAACUCUUUCCUUUAGCUCCCUUCAGUGCCUCCCAACAAACCCAUCACAAUUAAAAGUUGUUACCCACACCUUGAUAACUGCAGUUUUCUUUAGACGAAUCGGUAUGGCAUGAAAGAAUAGACUGUGCAAUGUGAUCGGCUCUGGGCACGUGAAGCUGUUACAGUGGAACCCAUGUGCCUUUGUUAUGUUACUGCAAAACCACUGAUGAAAUGGUUUAUCUUAGGAAAGAUUUUAAACAUGCCUUGUUGAGUUUUGGCACAAUUUUUUGGUACUACAGUGCGACUCUGGCUAGCAAUGUUGUGAUGUCAGCAUGUGGAUCACAGGCAGCGUUUGCACAUAUACUUAUAGGUAGCAUUAUCUUACUACAUACUCACAGGUGAACUGCACAAAGUAGCAGUCAUUUGUGCAUACCCAACUGGUUCCUGGGCCUCUUGUGGAAACGUUAAUGUCAGCAUCUUUUCUGCUGAACAAGAACAAGGCAUUGAGUCUUGUUUGGCUAUAACAGGAAGAAAUUACAGGAAAGCAGCAAACAUACUACCAUUGUAGGAGGGAUAUCUCGGGUAUAUUUAUAUAUAUGUAUGUAUCUACACAAACCCAUUUAUGUCCACUAGCAAUAUAGCUUAGAGGUUAAAAUAAUGAACUGUGAAUGAGUUUGUGACAACCUGCUGAAUUUAUUAGGUUUUCCACUACCUCCUUUUACCAGCUGUGUGAUUAAACAGUUUAUGUAGCUUCCCCAGUGCCCCUCAUCUACUCUGCAUACAAGCAGUUUUGCCUUUUAGUCCAUAUCUGUUUAACAAAGAUAAAUGACGCUUGUAUAGUAAAAGUGUAUUCAAAAUGAAAACAUUUUUCUUUACCCAGCCUUUUGCCCUUGAAAAGCAAGCCAUUUUUGCCUAGUCAUAUUCCACCUUGGAUGAUAUGCUGACCUUGUCUGCUGCUACCCCCUUUACUUGGAUACCCACUACAUGAGACUUAAGAGGCUGAACAGGCAUCUUAUGUUGACUUAUGAUGCUCAGAAAGGUUUGCUGGGCAGCCUGUGUUUGCUCACUUCUCUUGGACACAAAUUAUCUGCAUGAUGAUGGGUAUAGGUUAUCUGGUGACGCUGUAGCCAUCUGCAGUGAGGGAAAGUUCUGUAGCUUGGAAAGGGACAGUACCAGUAUUGGAAGCAGGUCCCGACCUUCUCUGUCUAGGUUGCUGCCUUGUAGUUUAACAUACCUAAUCUCACCUCAUCACCAUCAUUACAAAGUUCUAGAACUUUCUGUAAAAAUCUACUCAUAGAGCUAAGCCAUAAGCAUGACAACUCAGUGAUACUAAUCACACAAGCACAUUCUGUAACUUUUAUGAUAGAAGUUAUGCUCUCUGCUUCUGUCAGUAUGUGGGGAGUACCUGGGCCUGUCAACCUUUAUCGUCCUCCUUCUAGCCUUAUCGCAGCUUAUGUUUUGGGGCCUGAAAAUGAUGUCUACUCCCCUCCCCUAUUGACUUCCAUUCAAGUAAUGAUGACAUAUUCCCAUGUUGCAGUGCAUCUUCAGAGAAUGUUAUUGGGCUUGAGUGGAGGGUAGUCUUUCGCAUGCUGUUUUGCAUUCUCAAAGCAUGUUAUUUGGAUUGGGUCACGUCUGCACUACCUUCUUUCUACUGUUUGAAACUUGUCAUGCCAAGUCAUGUUCCUCUAACUACCAACCAUUUUCUAACUCUUGAUUGUCAUCAUAGAGAACGCACCCCAGAAAAGAAGAUACCAUGAUACAGAGAGUAAAUGUAGCCAUCGCAGUAACUCAUUAGUGAAGAUUACCCUGCAGAGGAGUAUGUCUUUGGAUUUUGUGUCUAUACAUGCUUGCAGUAAAUACUGCAUAUGCUUUUUCGAUGGAAGGUGAAACUUUAGAAAUGGAAUCAUCCAUCCAUCCAUCCAUUGGAGGAAAAAUAUGACUAUCCUAAUGCAUACAGGAUCAAAGGUGUACUGCUAGCAGUAGAACUUGCUUCACAAAGAUGUUCAUAUGGUAAAAUUAGGGGAUGGGAUAAAGUGGUUUAGAUGGGGACCAAGCAGUCAUUAAGAAGAAAUGAAAAAGAUAACUACAUGUAUUAUCAGAUUUUAGUGGGCCUCAGAAACAUAAAAAUGCUACAGAUGACUACUGCUUUCUUUCAGAGCUGUGCAUGUAGGCCUCGAGUAUUUGCGGGUUUUUACUGAACCAACGAGAAGCUGCACUCUGCAGCUGAGCUUUUCAGGUACAACAGAAAAUCUUUCACAAGGUAUUUACAAACCACUAAGAAGGAAGGACUGUGUUUAUAUUCAGAUGGUUUAUUUACAGGUAGAUCCACAAGGCAUAGACAAGAGAUACGUGUUUCUAAGUACAAGAAGUUUUUUUUAGGAAGUUCUCACUUGUUGCCAAGCCAGAGAAUUGCAUGCCAAUGAAGGAUUAAAAAAAAAAAAAAGAUUCUGCAGACUGUUUAUGUAUGGAAAUAGAAAGUUCAGACAUGUCAAGUGCACGUCAGAAUAAGUGUUUAUUUUGACAGAGCUAGUAUAACAAAGUUGCCUGCCAUUUAUUUGCUGAAAUUGAGUUGCCAAGCACCAGACUUGACUCAACUCACUCUUGCUGAUUUUUCCUUAUAGGGAAACCCCUGCUUACACCUAAGCGUAUUAGAACUUGUCAGAGAUUUGGGAUGCAUAGCUAGGCUUAAAAAGGCCCUUAUGGUCGUUAGCCUAGUAAACAUCUAUGAACCUAAGAACCUAGUUAACUGGGGCCCCUUUCACAGAAUUAUGGAAUCCUAGGGGUAAACUUUUUUUCUAAUUUAAUGUUUGUACACUGUAAAGUUAUAACACAAGUAUAUUCAUGCACUGAUCUUUAGUCAGUUAUCUGACAGUCAGAGAAUGACUUCUCAAAUUGCUUUUGUGGCAAAAUUAGAAGGACACAGUAGCUAUAUGUCAUAUAAAUAUUUUUUUAGUAGAUGAUAAAAUACUGGCCACAUUGAUUGCACAUCUCAGAGUGAUUUGUUUUCCUACAGAAAGGCAUCCAACAUGCAGGUGCCCAUUAAUAAGGAAAAUUAAAUAUUGCUGUGGAGCAUAACUUUUGUAGCUUCCAUUUUCGACCAUCUGCAUCCUCACGGAACACUCCAUAGAACCAAAGGGCUAUCUUUUCUUUGUGAUCGCAUCUAUUUCGUGCUAAAACUUAUCAUACUGUGUGGAUGGCUCUCUAUAGUAAGAGACUCAGUCUUGCAAGUCCCAACACUGAAAGGUAAACUGUAGCCACCUGCAUUGAUGUAGAGGGAUAAAGCACAGGCUAUGCCAAAAGCUGUUCAAAUUCAGGUGCCUGUUGAAGAGUAGUGCGGAGAUGAGAAUGGCUUUGCCUUUCUUGGGGGAGGAGCUUGGGGGAUUCAUGCAUGGGGUGAUCCCCCUGACAAACUAUAACCUCUGUGAAAGGAGUGACACUAGGAGGACAUUGCUCAGUAAAGCAGAUGACUUCCUUACAGGGAAUCAUUGCAUACCACACUCUUGGACCUAUGCUGUACAUGUGCAGGAGAGUUAGGACUGCAACUGGUCAGGUCUCUUUCUGCUUGCCACAGUAGUAGCUUUCCAGAUCCUCUGCCCUCCUACAGCACCUGCUUUCAUCCUUUUGGGGAUGGCUGGUGACCCCAAGUUGAUGGCCCUGGCAAUCUAGAUUAGAAAUAUGACAGAGAGGCCAGACCAUCUACCUACUAGAUUGCAAUAAAGAUGAAUAAAUGUAUAAAUAAAUAAAUUGCAAUUUUUAAACAAAAAAAAUAGCAAAAUUCCAAAACUAACUCUUGCACCUUUAAUGCAUUUUUUUGCAAGUGGUAUUCACGACCUCAUGACAUGGGGGCAGUGCCACACAUCCCUAUUUGUCCCUUCACACCACUGAUACUUAUAUAUACAAUCUCUACAAAUGUUAUACCCUCAAUACUGCAACACUGGACUUAGUAUUUGUCCCCCCCCCCCCGCCAUGACCACCACCGUCGCACUUUUAGUUCUAUUCUAAGGGUACCAGUUAUCGUCCUUGGAAUGUCAGCUGGCUCCUUAGGGACUAGCAUCUGCAUGGUUCUCAAAAUCAUGGACAAUUUUAAACUAUUACUCUGAUUCACUCUGAAAGUUAACAGAACAACAGCUCAUUCAUCAAUGCGCAUUUCCUGAAGAAUAAGUAUAAAAUUCUGAUGUCUGGCACUUACUGCAAACCUUGGUGAUUUACCAGAGAGUCAAAAUCCUUACAAGGACAGGGCAAAUAUAUGAGGCAAAGACAGGGACAGUUGAGAGCUAUGUGCAGCAAGGGCCAUUUCACUUCUAAGUAUGGCACCAACAUGCUUCAUAGCAUUUGCAUAUACUUUUGCCUAUCUUCUCAGAGUACCAGGGGCAAUGCUAAAAUGAACCCAUGUGAUAUACUGUCGUUUGAUCACAACAGAUGGAGAACUACUAUGAAGUGAGGUUUAUGGUGAAAAAACAGAAUGUGAUAGUAAAUAAUUACAGAUGUCAGGAUAGGUUUUACCUAGCAAUCUUCUUUUGCAUAAAACAUUUAGUUAAGGAUGUUUUGAAUGCAGUGACUGAAGUGGAGUCUGUGCUGCCAUUCAGCCUAGAGUUCUACUUGGAACUGUAAUUUACGAGAUGCCCACUAUGGACUUCAACCAGUACUCCUGACAUUACAGGUCUGCCUCACCACCUUAUUUAUAGCAUAGUUACAUCCACCAGUUUGAAUCUCUUGAGAGAUAGUUACUAGUUUUCUGUCUUUGCCAUUAGCAUUGCAAAAGACAAUGGUGGUAUCUGUCAUUUGUAGAGCAUGUAGUGACUCGGUUCUGCAGUCAUUUUUAAAUCAUAAAGCAGCAAAACGAGAUUCAAACACCUGAACUCCACCAUAUGCAAGCCUACCCUUUCUAACCCCAUGAAUGUCCCACAUGGAUUUGCAGUACAUAAGAAUGCAGGAUCUCACAUUCCUUUAUAUUUGAGCUGGGGGAAAAGGAUUCAAAGCAUUGAUUAUAGUAUGCAACAUGUGUUGGAUGAUAUGUGAGAUGGGCUUACGUGCAGUCUCCCUGACAGUACUAGGCUUUGUCUCUUUUUCCUAAUGUUAACGGGUUAACGAUGGUUAGGAAUGCAUGAGAGCACACAUGGUACUCACAAAGGGGGACAAAGUACUGUAAGUCACAGUUCAUGAUUCAGUGAUUAUUUCUGUUGGCAACAGGAAUUUUCUGACCAGCAAAAUACUCAUUGAGAAUGCAAUGUAAACCAUUAAUUUUUAUUAGCUGUAUUGACGAUGAACAGUAAAGAGCAUUAUGUGACACUCAGCCUACAAGGUGAUUUUGUGCAUCGGGGUUUCAAACACACCGAUUACAUAGUCAUUAUUUUACCCAAGGGCUAUGAAAUAUGGUAGCAUUUCACGAGGGCAAGAGGUACACUUUCACCAUAAGCAGGUAAGAACUGGGAAUACUGCAGACUGGCAAAACAGAACAGUUAAAUCAGUAUCUUUUGUACUCUUAAUCAGAAUACUCCAUCACAUCAACUGUGGAAGAAAGUAUAGACACAUGGCCACAUCCAUCGACUGCUUAGAUGACAUUUUUUUUUCUGAUGACAUAGGUGAUUAAUAUGUUUAAAUUUAUAGAUAUAUGCCUUUUACCUGUAAUGCAAUUUGUAGAAGAUUUUAACCCAUCCACAAUCAUAUCUUCUGUCUGUAGAAUUCAGUAGCAUUGAUGGAAUCUGAAAUAUAAAAAGAAGUGGUGAAACUCUAAAGCAAAAAUUCUAAAUGUACACUUCCAAGCAAUAGUCAAGUCAGUUUCCAUUUUCCAAUACAGUUCUUCUUUCAGUUUGUGGUCAUGAGUGCCAGGGUUUAUGUCAGUAAGUGCAGGUAUAAGCCAGGAAGCCAAUCCCAAAAUAAUACAGGUUUAUGUCUCUAAAGCAGGUGUUUGCAUAACCACUGGUUCUGUAUAGGUGGUGUUCAAAAGAGUAGUGAAUCAUUUCACACAGAAGCUUAAGCAAAGAUUACAUCUCAAGAGUGUGUGUGACGCUGAGUAGAGGAAUAUGGUUUUUAGUCUACCAGAGUAGCUAAGGAUACUGAGCUCAAAGAUGUCUCUUGUGAGGAAAAAGUCUGUCAAGCUGAUGUAGGCGCUUAGCCACAUUAAUGCCAGAGAGAGCACUGCAUUCAAUGAAGGACCCAGUCUGGAGGAAAUAAAGUAUGACUGUCGUCUCUGGACCUUGAGGUGAUGCCAUGAACUUUGUGCCAUACUCUGGAAAUAAACACAUUUCAACUGUUGCUACAUAUGACCAUAAAAAAGCUGUUUUGGAGUUGCAUUCCUAUCAGGUAAUACUGUUUUCUGUAUCUUUAUUCAGUUGACAGAACUUUAGGCAGUUCUCAACAUUAUGUACUUUUUGAACCAUAUAUUUUCCAAUAGAUAUUCAGAUAAAAUGUACUGCAUUGAGUACAUUCAGUAUACUUCAUUGGGAUUUGUGUGUGUGUGUGUGUGUGUGUGUGUGUGUGUGUGUGUGUGUGUGUGUGUGUGUGUGUGUGUGUGUGUGUGUCUAGGAUCACUGCCACACUGUACAGUGCAUUUGUAUGUAGGAUCGCUGCCUCAUUGUACAGUGUGCGUGUGGCCACUGCCUCACUGUACAUAGCGUGUGUGCGUGUGUGUGUGUGUGUGUGUGUGUGUGUGUGUGUGUGUGUGUGUGUGUGUGUGAGAUCACUGCUGCACUGUGCAGUGUAUGUAUGUAUGUGAGAUCACUACUUCACCAUGAAGUGUAUAUGUCAUGAUUGGAGGUCACUCACUUACUCUUUACUGUAUGCGUAGGUGGGUGGAGAGAGAUCUUCUAAUUAUUGUUCCAGAUUAUUCUUUAACCUUUUAUAAAUCAUUCUUAACUAGGUUUGUAGGUUAGUGACACAGCACAACUUGAAGUUAGAAUACUGUUCUGCUUCCAAAUGGGCCAGGGCAGCCACCUUAAUGCACUUUUAUUUAUCCAAUACUUUCUCCCAUAGUAUCUCACACUGUGAUAUCAUUUUGCCCUUUUGGGCCAAUGUCUAGUUCCUUUUGGCUGACAACUGCAUUGUGCUGGAUCUGCCAUUCAUUUUAUCUAACUGCCCUUUUCACUGUUGACUGAGAAAUAUUCUGGAGAGAGCUCUCAGUGAGGUUUUAAAAUGAAAUCUUAUAUAGUUUUUAUCAUUCUUUACAAGCAACAGGGUACGAUUAUCUUGCUUUUUAAGAGAAAAAUCUAUGAGUAAGACAAAGAAAGUUGAGGUGGGAUACCUGCUAUGCAAACACAAGGAAAUUAGACAUUGUUACUAAAUCAAGAUGAUCAUAAAAGUCUGACAAGGAUGUGUUUGUCAGUAAAUAAAAAUUAAAGGGUGUCAUUAAGCCAAUGCAAGCAUUAUCUAUAGAUUUCAGUGUACUGCAUUUUAAAGUUAAUGAUGAAUGGGCAGUCAAGAAAAAUAGGGAAAUAAAUUUGUAUUGCGAGAAAAUAAACUGUCAGAGUGGUUGUCUCUGUGGUGCCAUUAUGGAGAAUAAAACAAACACCACUACUUUUAAUGAUGCAAGUACAUUUGUAAUCUAAAAACAUUUUUUUUUCAGUUUCUUCCUAUUGUUGAUUUCUUUGAAAGAGCACUACCAGGGCUUUGAGGGAUCAUCAGAUAUGUUUUCUGUGAUAUGAUGGGUGGUCUUCACUGUAAACAGAUAUUGUAAUGCAUAAUAUUAUCAAGAACACAAGACCACCUCCAUAACACAAAAAACUAUGAUAGGAGCAUUAAGGCUAAAGAACUUGACAAGACACUGGAAUAUGAAACAUGUCCCCUUCAUACAAAAAGGCAGUGAAAUGAAUAUUCCAUGCUGUAGUGCAUAGAAGCAGAAUUGGGAGACUUUUUUUUGGGAGGGGUGCUCAUCUUUUCCUGUAUGUAGAUCCCAUUUGACCAACCAAAUGGAGUUCUUCCUGUAGCUUCAGCAUUUACAUGCAUAUAUAAUGUGAGACUAGCUAGAGAUAUUUGCUGGCUAACGUACUAUAAUGAUUCCAACAAAAGUGCUUCUUACAACAUUGAAAUUCUUAUUUAAUGGGGAGAGUGGACUAUGACAACAAUAAAAACUUUAUACAUGGAGUUUUCUAUGGGGUGAUAAAUACUUGGAAAAAAAAGUGUGUCAAGGAAGGUUGUGAAUGGAAAUUUAAAAUAUUCACACAGGCAGGUUUAGCAUAUGAUGAUGCUAAAUGUUAUAAGAGAUUAAGGACUGGUGAUGUUAAUAACCAGUGUGGUCAUUUCACCUGGUCUGCUCUAGUGCUGACCAUGGACAAACAGCCAUUUUUCCCUAGCAUUUACUCAAGAGCUUUGAAUGAAAACUAAAUUGUACAUGUUAAAAGGUACAUGCAGUUUGCUUGCCUUUGUAUGGAAGUCAUACUAAAAAUGAAAUACAUAAACAAUGUACACAAAUACAAUAAAAUAACAGUAUCUACAUUACAGAAAAAUAUAGCACAUGCACUGAAGAUUUAGUGAAUAUAUUGCUUCCUACCAAAUGUAUUCUGCAAAGGUGUAGCUGGUCCUUCAUUUUUUUCAGUGGAUUGGAGAAGUAUGUGUGGUGCAUGAAAGCAUGCUAAAAGGUCUUCUGUUUUGCACUUGGAAUGAAUCAGAGAAGCAAAAGGGAGGCUUUAGUCUGAUGGUACCGAGUGGAACAGCUGGAGGCCUGGAGUUAAAUUUAGCCAAUGUUUAUUGCUCUGAUCCAUUUGUAAUGCCAGCCCUAGAUGAGCCUUUAUUUUUCUGCAGCUCUCUAUGAUUUCUUAAUUCUGACUGCAUAAUUUCUGUCCAAUUAGGGUGUCUGUAAUGGAGAUGCCAUCAUGUUUGCUUACAGUUUCACUUAGUACCAUAACAUCAUCCUGGUAGUUUUGUAACAAUAUAUUUUUUUCACUCUUUUGUUGUUCCAAGCUAAUAAACAUUUCACUUUAUAUCAAUCUGGCUGAUAUUUUGCACUGUAUAAUAUAGAAAAGGAUGCUAAACUGCUAACUCUCCAAAAUAUUUCCAGGCAGUAAGCUCACUAAAACAAAAGUAAUACCAUAUGUCAAAAUUAGAAUCAGCAUUACUCCAGUUAAAAAAAAAAACAAAGGAAAAAAGGGAUUAGGUGACACAUAGGCCUGAUAAGGAACACUACUGUUUUCAAAAAAGGACAUUGCUGGUUCUGAGCUCUGUAUAACAAUGCAGAUAGUACUUGAAGUCUGAUAGAUCAGAAGUUUUAAAAUGUGAGUGGACUUAUAAGACUAAAAUAUGGGCAGUAAUACAAUUUUUUCCAUGUUUUGGUAUAUGAUACCAGUACAGAUCAUCUGAGAUUUAUUAAAACAGACUAUAUGGAACUGAGCUUAGGACUUUGUGUGGAUUAUCAAACACAACGCUGUAGUACAAUAUCACACACACAAUGUAUUGCUACCUGUAUGUUAUUUUUAUAUGGCACUAUAUUAAAAGUUUUAAGGACUUAAAGAGACAAAACAAGGCUAAUAAGGUACACAGUUGGCCUGUGAUCAGCACAAAGUCAUCAUUUUUCUGCGCAAUCAGCUUGGCAUGUAAAAUUUAAAAUAAAUAAAUAUGGACACACUGUAUAUUUAACCUUUAGAUCGUGACUAGAGAUUUAGAGGUGUUCAUAUUGUGAUGUAAUUUUUUUUGUUUGUUUAAUGUACACUAAUGUAAUAUAUGUUGUAAUUUAGGCUGGGUUUUUUAUGUUGAGUUUAGUUAAAAAAAAGAAAAAUGAAAACUGCUUGUACAGAAAGCUUAAAGUAAUUGCUAUUAAAAAGUGGAUGAAAGGUA